GUCACGGCUCAUGAUAUUUCUUAAGGUAUAUCUUAAACCAUGGUUGCAGUAUCGCACAUUGAUGUGAGGUUUAUAUGUUCGGCCGCUAAAAUAUAACAACAGGUUACAGAACAGGUGAUUCAUAUUGAUUGUUGUUCGUAGACGUUCAUGUUUCAUUUAUUAAAGUUCACAAUUUAUCAUAUCAGUAGUCCGUGGGAAUCGCACAAAUUGUUUAGUUCAACUGAAACGUGAUGGUUUAGUAUACUAAAUGCUUUCCGUAAUGAAGCCAUCUUUACUGUCUGAAUGCUGAGUAUCGUAAGUUACGAGUUGUUCUAAUCAUCCACAUAACGCGAAAGAUCAAAUUUGACUAGUCCGAGCUGUGUAAGGUUAUUUCCACUAUGGACCCUACUGAGCCCACCAGUAUGCCAAUCGAGUUCAGACAUAAAGAAAAAUGCAUUCCUGAAUCACUGUUAUGUUUAUGUUUAAAGUAUGUUGUGCAUAAUUUAAAAAUAAUUUGCUUAGAGACACCGGAAGCUUAUACAUUGCACGAAAAACUAAUCUUACCUGAACAAAUAUGUGAUAAACUUAUUGAAAUGUAUCAGAGCAAUGGUUUUGAGUUUUCGGAUAAUUUUGCACAUCUGUUUAAAGACACAACCAGGACAAGAUUGAGUUCAGUGCACUUAAAUAAUUCAAAAUUAGUGACAGAUGUUGGAUUGGAAUACCUGUUACGCCAUGACUUGAAAAAAAUCACACUUACAAACUGUCCAAAAAUCUCACACAAGGCUUACACAAAUAUGUUUGAACGUGAUUCCAACCUGUCCUCUAUAACUAUUCGUCCAAAUAAAAAAAUAACUCCAUAUUACGAUUUCUCAAGCUGUUUACAGACUUCAGAAAUAACAAACAGUAAGAAGGCACCAAAUUUAAAACAUUUAGUAUUAGAAUCAGUUGAUAAAUCGCCAGAGAGUAUUGACAAUAAGUAUAUAAGUGCAACGCUAGACAAUCUUUCACAGCUAAGGAUAUUAGAUCUUACUUAUUGUUCAGGUGUUGGAAGUCUGCAAUAUUUGAGCAAACUUACCAGUAUACGAUCAUUGAUACUUUUUGACGUGGAUAAUUUACAAGAGAAUAAUGCAAUUUCAAGUAUAUGUUCACUAAAAUCUCUUGUUGAUUUAGAUAUUUCCCAAAAUCAUGAAAGAUUUUAUGAAAAUGAAGAUACUGUUUUGGCACAAAUUGUUAUAAGCCUUCCAAAUCUUAAAGCUUUAGAUAUAUCUGGAACAAAUUUGGCUGGAAAAGGUAGAUCAUUAAAUUCUAUGUACGAGUCAUUAAGUGGCAAAAAGUCUGAUAUUCCUGGUUUAGAAUAUCGAGUUGACAAUCCCUUAGAAUUUCUGGGUUUAUAUGGUACCAAGCAUGGUGCUUGUCAUCGGAAAAAUAUUCCUGCGAAAAGAAUAAGUGGUAAUGCUAAUGAAGAACAAUUAUUUAACGCUGCUAGUUCAUCCAUGGGUAAAUUACGAUUUAUGAAAAAUAUUAUAUUUGAUUUUCACCGAAUAUUCAUGAAACAACAAUGCACAAAAAUUGAUCAAGCUUCAGAUAUAGUAUUGGAAAUUCUUGAUAGAUUUGUUGAUGAUAAAAUAAUUCAAUUAUGUGGAUGUGCUACUGUUUACUGCAUAUUGAGAAAUAAGGAUCUACCAUUCUUAAAUGAUACAACAGUUAAACGACGAAUUGUAACCGCUUUAUUAACUGCAAUAAAUGAAAACCCCCAAUAUACACCAUACAUAUUACGCAAUGUGUGUUUAUCUUUAUUUGAAAUGAGGAUACCUCAAGAUGUGAUGUUCGAGUUUAAUCGUUUAUCAAAAAUUUUGCUUAAUUUCAUAUUUACUCCAUAUUAUGAUGCCCAUGAUCAUGGAUUUCAUAUGAUAAAUUCUCUUGUAUCUGAAGCAAAUAAAGAGCAAAAAAAUGAAAUUGGUGAUGCUGGUGCUAUAAAAAUUAUGAUAGGAGUCGUAAAACAAUAUCUUAAUAGAAGACAAUGCAAUUGUGAACUUGUAGGAGCUUGGUCAACAAUGCAGAAUAUAACAGCUGAAUCUCCGAAAAAUUGUGAAAGAUUUAUGAAUGAAAAUGGUUUGAAAUAUUUAAUAAAGUGUUUGAAGUCUUUUCCACAUGAAAGUAUACUGAAAUGGCAUAUGUUUAGAUUGUUAAAUAAUGUUGCACAAGUAAAAAAUCUUAGGCCUAGAUUAAUGAAAACUUAUUAUGUAAAAACAAUUUCACGGUUUUUAUUUUCAUUUGACUAUGAUAUGGAGAUUAGUUAUAAUGCUGUUGGAAUUAUCGCAUAUUUGGCAUCAGAUGGUCGUAAAGCAUGGACUAUUAGAACACCAUUUAGAUAUAGAAUAUUAUAUCGUAUGAAAAUAGCCAUUCAAAAUUGGAAUCUUGAUGUUGAUCUAGAUGUCAACUAUUGUUCCUUUGAAUCAAUAUUAGAACUUGCACAAAUUCGGCACACACCUCAUUGUAUUUAUUUUGCAGUAUGGACUUUAGCAAAUCUUACCAAAAAAUUCCCUCAAAAGUACUGUUCAAUUGUAAUUGCUGAAGGAGGCUUGAAAAUUAUAAAAGAAUUACUCAAAGACUAUCAUAUACUUAAUCCCAAUUAUCUAUCUGGAGUUAUUUAUAGUUUAGCUCAAACAGUUAUAAAACAAUGCUUGAUGUACCAAUACAUUAAAAAUACUGUUGAAGAAUCAUCCAAGUGAAAUAUUUGAGGUUCUUAUAUACA